AUGUCGCGCCCAACCCAGUAUAAACGCAUCGUUCUCAACUCGAGGCCUGAGGCCGACAUCCAGCCUGAUACAUUCCGCACCGAAGUCGUGCCAUUCAACUUGAAGCCGGACAAGGGAGAGGCGCUCGUCCAAUGCACCUGGUUGAGCUUGGAUCCCGCUAUGAGGGGGUAUAUUCGGGAUGUAAGGAGUUAUCUUCCCCCUGUGCAAAUUGGAGAGACGAUGCGUGCUCUCGGCCUGGGUGUGGUUGUUGAAGCUGGUCCGGGGAGCAAGUUCAAGGUCGGAGACUACGUGAGUGGUACUUGGGGCAUGACAGAGUAUGCUGUCAUGAAGGACAAGCACCUGGACAGGCUGGUUCUGGCGCCAGGCAUUGAACCCAUUGAUUACUUGAAUGUUCUUGGAACUUCUGGAUUGACUGCAUACUUCGGACUCAAAAAGAUUGGCGAGCUGAAGGCUGGCGAAGUGCUCGUUGUCUCUGGCGCUGCAGGCUCUGUCGGUGCGCUCGCAUGCCAGCUCGGUAAGGCCCAAGGGGCCACGGUCUAUGCUAUCGCUGGUAGCAAGGACAAGUGCGAGUGGUUGGAGAAGGAGUUGGGCGUUGAUAAAGCCUUCAACUACAAGAGCUCAACCUUCCACGCCGAUAUUAAGAAGAUUGGCUACUUGGACGUCUACUUUGACAACGUCGGCGGCGAUAUGUUGGACUUCUUGUUGACAAGAUUGAAGAAGGACGCUCGUAUUAUUCUGUGCGGUGCCAUCUCUGCUUACAACGCCACCAAGCCGAAGGGACUUCAAAGCUACAUGAACCUUAUCUCCCAACGCGCUAAGAUUCAAGGCUUCAUUGUCAUGGACUACGCCUCUGAAUACCCCGCCGCUAUUGCUGAACUGUCAAAAGGUCUUCAGAGCGGCACCAUCAAGAGAAAAUUCCACAUCGUUCAGGGUGGUAUUGAACAAGCACCUAUCGCAUUGCCGAUGCUCUUCAGCGGGGGGAACACAGGAAAAUUAGUUGUCAAAGUAUCAGAGGAGCCCCGAGGAGCGAAGGUAAAACUCUAG